AUGGAGAUUUUUUUCCUUCUGAUGAAUAGCAUUAUUAACUUGUGGAAGAUCCCCAGCUCCAUGUCCUUAGUAGUGGACAUGGGCUUUGCAAUAAUGUGCGGAGUGCGGCUCUUUUACCUACUAAUCCCAUUCCUGAAGGAGUAUCCAGAGUCACCACCACCUGGAAGCCAAAAGAACAUCCCAAAGGUGGUGAAGAGGGCGCAGAGGAAGGGCAAAAAGAAAACUGCUCCUGUGAAAGCUUGCAGAAACAGCCCAAAGAAUACACAGGAUACCCAGAAUGCAUCACGACCUAUGGAAAGGCCCAUCCAUCAUCCUAUACUGGACUCCUUUCCCCACCCCUUUUGGUACUCUAAGGAGAAACUGAAUCAGCUUUCCCUCCCGCAACUGUUUUCUUACCUCAAGGUCUUAGAGGCCCUGAUACACCAGAAAUUUAACCAACUUUUAUGUGGCAUAUCCUCUGUGAUCUCUGAGGCAGUUGUGGCUACUGCCUGGGUCUCCAAGAAAUCCUUCUCAGGAGGGUGUAAAUGUGUAAGGUUUAAUGAUACAAGUGACCCUAACCAACCUUUAUCUGUGCCUAAAGAACCUCCACAGCUUUUCCAAGACCAGCACUUUCCCCACCAACAUGUGACAAGGAGCAUGGUAGGUCUUCCAAGCUCUAUACCAAAACAGACAUCCCCUCCAAAAGUAAAUGAGCCCUGGCAACACAGACUAAAUUGGAACGACAUCACAGGCUAUGACAUACAAAAAUGUCAAGCAGCCAUUAGCCAGCCCACUGACAACUUAUCUGGGGAGUGUCUGCCCACUAAAGCUAUCAGGUCAGCCUCCAUUUGUCCUGGGCAUUAUCAAAUGAUCCACCAUCAUGAGGACCCACAGCAUGAAAAGAAGGCAAUUAAUGUGGGAGAACACAAAGGUAUCCAUGUCAGAUUCUGUCCAUCAGGUAAACUGAUAAAGCUUCAGGAAGAUUACCAACCAAAUGGUGGUGGUUAUUGCAAGGACCAGCCUAACCUUAACCAGCCUGCCCAGCCCUCCAUCCUCAAUUCCAAACGUGACAAGUGCAGCCGGAUGAUGAGUUCUGUGCCAACAUUGAUUCCCUUAAAGAGUGCCAGAGCAAGUUCAGCCAUAUUUAACAAGGUUGUAGACAAAAAUCUGCCUUGUACUUCAAGCAGCACUCCUGGGAAGGGUCGGGAGCCCAGGAACCCUGCACUGAAGACAGAUAAGCUGCUCUCUAUAAACACCAGCAAUGAUCUUUCCUUCAUUGAUCCAAAUACAAAAAUGAAGCUGGAAGCAAGCAUCACGCAGUUUCCUGUGAAAUACAGAAGAUUUCCCUGUGUUUCCAAGGCUGAAUUCUAUUCCAAGACUGCAAUGAUCUUGGAAAAAUUGCAUCACCAAGAUCCAGGAGGGAAAAGGGUAGAAACGCUAUCAUCUGCCAGGCUGCAACAUCCCCUGUUUGAACACUCGUGUCCAGAUGUUUGGGAGACUCAAAGAACCCCUCCACCUGCUGCCAGUCGUGGGCCCACAAGGUCCAAUCCAGAUCAAUGGCUGAGAAACAACAGUGUUCAACCCUAUACUUCCUGCUUGCAGGCAAAACACCAGCAGAGCAGGACUAUCCAAGCAACUGUGAGAGGCACCCUGCAGUCAAAUACCAGCCCAGGAAUGGCUAAGCAUGCACCCUGGAAGCAGUCUCAAGAUGCAGCUUUAGCACAUCCCCACUUGAGUGCACCAACCCUCAACCCUGAAGACAGUUUCUCACCUUCUAUGGCCAAACAAACCAACUUACUGAAGGUAAAAGAGCUACCUCAUGCAUGGAGGGUGAGUGUGGGUUCUAGUGAGAUUCCCAAGGGGCAAGCCAUCAAUAUCUCUUUCAAGGGCUAUGAGUCUGUAGACUAUCUCCAAACACCUUCUACUCAAAACUCAGGGGACAUUAAAAUAGCUGGAGACAGAGUGGCUCAUUCUAAAAGCUCACUGAAGAACAUCACCAGAAAUGCUGUCCAAUUUGAAAACAUCAGCACAAAAUACCAGGGACAGGGAGAUUCUUUGAGGAAUGAAAGCCCUCUAUCAGUUAGGGACCUACAAGAGGAAGUAGAUAGGAAAAAUCUCAUCUACAGUACAGCAGUUGAGCUACAAUACCACAUAAAUACUCUGCUCCAAAACGUGGAGGAUAAUGAAGACAAGCCAUCAAAACUCACCAUAGAUCCUGUGACCCAGUUCGAAUUGGGAUCUCCACAUCGAAGCCCCAAGGGUCACAACAAUUCAUUCAGAUACAAAGAAAUUAGAGGCAAACAAGAGCCAGGCAUUGGCUAUAAAGCCUUUGACCCCCAUCAAAAUACAAGAAAAGGAAUGGGCCAUGGUCACCUUCUGAGUCCCAAAGAGAACCAUCCAGUCAAGGACAGGGGAAAUGGAGGCCAGGAGCCAGCUGUUGCUGCCUGGGAAGUCUCUGACCAAGAUAAAAUUAGAACAAAGAGUGGAAAGGAGUGUUCUCCACACAGAAGCCCCGAGAUGCAUAACCAUUCUCCGAGAUACACAGAAAUCAGAGACAAAUCACAGCCCAGUGUUAAUGACCAGCAAGCUUGUGACCAUCAUCUGAAUAUCCUGAAUAGAAUAACUUUUGACAACCUCCUCACUCCCAAGGGAAAGAAUCAUGCAUGUCGUCACAGGGUAACUGGAGACAAGCAGCAGUUAGAGCUUGCUGACCAGAAAGCCUGUGACUCUGGUCAAAGUACAAGGAGUGGAAUGGGCUCCUGUCCACAUGGAAACUCCAAGUGGCACAACCUUCCAUUCAGAUACAGAGAGAUUGGAGAAAAAGCACCACUGGGUGUUAAUGCCCAGAGAACCUGUGACCAACAUCCACACAGUGUGAAAGGAAGAGGCUUUGACCACCUCCCCAGUCCUGAGAGGAACCGCCAUCCCCACAGUUCCAAAGUAGUUGGAGAUGAGCAGCAGUCAAGUCUUGCUCACCAGAGAGCCUAUGAUGCAGGACAAAUUAAAAAGAAGAGUGGAAUGGCUAGGUGUCCAUACAGAUGUCUGGAUGUGUACAACUUUUCAUUCCGACAUGGAAUAAUUGAAAACCAGCAACAGACAGGCAUUGUCCUUAGAAUCUGUGAGCAACGUCAAAGCAUAAAAGAAGGAAAGGGCCAAUCUAUGAGCCCCAAAGUGAACCAUUCUGUCAAGCACAGGGGACACGGAGGCCAGGACCAAUCUGGCCUCUCUGCCUAGAGAGCCUCUAACCUGAGGUAG